AUUAAAUGAAGAAUAUGUUCUGUACUUUGGAUACUUUCGAUACAGAGUUUUCCGCGGAUUCAGUUGAAUGGUGUCCAAUAAAUUUUUUCAAAGAUAUAUUUGUUUGUGGAACAUAUCAAUUAAUAAAAGAUGAAAAUUUAAUAUCCAAUACUUCAAUAUUAUCAAAACGUUUAGGAAGAAUUUAUUUAUGUCAAGUUGUACAAAAUGGAAAUUUAAAAUUACUGCAAAAAUUAGAAGUACCUGCCAUAUUGGAUAUGAAAUGGGCACAUGUUAUAUGUCAAAAGAAAAUUUUACUCGGUAUUUCAAAUUCUUUAGGAUACCUUCAAAUUUAUGAACUUAAAAAUAAUGAAAAAAAAAACUUAGAAUUAAUAAUUCAAAAAAGAGUCUCAGAUGAAGAUGAAGUACUUGCAUUAUCCUUAGAUUGGUGUACUGGAAAAUUAACAAAUAAUAAUGAUUUUAGUACAAAAAUCGUAGUUAGUGAUUCAAAAGGUUUUAUAUCGUUAUUCGAAAUAAAUGAAAACGAACUUAAUAAAAUUAAUUCGUGGUCUGCACAUGAAUUUGAAGCGUGGAUUACAGCUUUCGAUUAUUGGAACAUAAACGUGAUAUAUAGUGGUGGCGAUGAUUGUAAAUUUCAACGUAUUGACACGAGAAUAAACAAAGUUACCCUGUUAAAUAAAGUUCAUGGUGCUGGUGUUACAAGCAUUCAUAGUAAUGCAACGAGCGAAUUUUUAUUAGCAUCUGGAAGUUAUGAUGAAAUAUUAAGAUUAUGGGAUACAAGAAACUUUAAACAACCUAUAUCAAAUGUCAAACUCAAUGGUGGUAUUUGGCGUUUAAAAUGGGAUUGCUUUGAACGGAAAUAUUUGUUUGCAGCUUGCAUGUAUGGCGGAUUUAAAAUAAUCGAUUGCAAAAAUACAGCAACUUUAUCUAUUAUUAGUGAAUAUACUGAACAUAAAAGUAUAGCAUAUGGAUGUGAUUGGUCUUUCUUAAAUAGCGAAGAAAUAUCAGAACAAAUAUUUAAAAGGAAAAUUGAAAAUGUAUUUCUGACGAGCACGUGUUCUUUUUAUGAUCACAUUUUAAAAAUAUCGGCAUUAUAUUUAAAUCAUAAAUAAAAAGUUUAAUAAAAGAAAAUAAAUAUUA